UCUCGGUUUCGUUUGAGCUUCUCGAGUUCUCAGUUCAUUCGCGACCUUAAAGGCGGCCGCACAUGUUGCACGCUAAGAAAAACGGAUCAGACCAGACCAGAACAAAUAAAUAAAUAUAACCCAAAUAGACAGUAAAAUAUUGAAAAUCACAAAGAUCUCCCAUUGCUGUUCAUUUUUUUUUUGUUUGGUAUUUUUGUUUUUCGUGUGAGUGUGUUUAAAUUUGAAUGCUUUUUGUUUGGCUUUCCUCCUAUAGUUUUUACGGUUUUAACAAAUCGCACUGCUGGUCUAAAUUUAGUCAGAAAGUUAAAAUAGAACAAAUUGGUUUUUGAAAAUGCAGCAAAAACAGCAACAGUUCGUGUAACGAAAUCGAAAACAACCACUAAUUUGUUUAACCGAUUUGAAAAAUAUUAGGCAAUGUGACUGUGAAGCGCCAACAAAAAUAUAAGAAACUAAACUAAAAUCAACGAGUGAUUUAAAGUAUCCAUACAAAUCCUGAAAAACUGUGCCGCUUAAGACGCUUGAUAAGUUUUUUAAAACCGAAAAGGAAAUACUCUAAACGCCUAGAGUAUUUAACAGACCAUUAAAAACCUGAUGGCAACAACAACAACCACGCAGGCAGCAGGAGCUGCACCAGCUCUCAAUUUAUUGCCCGCCAGCAAUAAUAACACAAAUAAUACACUGAACAACAAUAAUAAUCAUAACCACAAUAAUAAUAACACUAGUAACAGUAAUAAUAACAACAACGUGAUAAGCCAGCCGAUUAAAAUACCGCUGACCGAGCGCUUCUCAUCGCAAACAUCGACGGGUUCGGCGGACAGCGGUGUAAUUGUUUCCAGUGCAUCGCAGCAGCAACUGCAAUUGCCGCCACCACGCAGUAGCAGUGGCUCACUGAGCCUGCCCCAGGCGCCACCUGGCGGCAAGCGGCGGCAGAAGCAGCAGCGCCAGCAAUUGCUGCUCAGCCAGGACAGCGGCAUUGAAAAUAAUGGUGUCACCACCACCCGUCAAUCGAAAGCCAAAGCCAAGGACAUCCAGGGCGUGGGAAAAGCCAGUCACAAUGCCACAAGCUCCAAGGAGUGCGGCGCCCAGUCGAACAGCAGCAGCGAGAGCCUGGGCAGCAACUGCUCCGAGGCCCAGGAACAGCAGAGAGUAAGGGCCUCCUCCGCCCUGGAGCUGAGCAGCAGCGUGGACACACCCGUGAUUGUGGGCGGCGCGGUGGGCAGUGGGCAGGGCAACAGCAUCUUGCGCAGCCGCAUUAAGUACAAGAGUACGAACAGCACCGGAACCCAGGGAUUCGAUGUCGAGGAUCGCAUCGAUGAGGUGGAUAUCUGUGAUGAUGACGUCGACUGCGAUGAUCGUGGAUCGGAGAUCGAGGAGGGGGAGGAGGAGGACGAGGAGGACGACGGCGUCAAUGUGGACGACGAUGUCGAGGAGGCCGACAACCAGUCGGACAAUCAGUCGGGUAUUAUAAUCAACCUCAAGAGCAAGACCGAACAAGCGGAGGAGGCGGCCAACGACGACGUGAUGGAUGCCAAGCCGAAAAAUCGACUUCUGCCACCGGAUCAGGCGGAACUGACAGUGGCGGCGGCCAUUGCCCGUCGACGGGAUGCCAAGAGCCUGGCCACCGACGGUCACAUAUAUUUCCCGCUGCUCAAGAUCAGCGAGGAUCCGCACAUUGAUUCGAAGCUGAUCAAUCGCAAGGAUGGCCUCCAGGACACCAUGUAUUAUUUGGACGAGUUCGGCAGUCCCAAAUUGCGGGAGAAGUUCGCCCGCAAGCAGAAGCAACUGCUAGCCAAGCAGCAGAAGCAGUUGAUGAAACGGGAGAGAAGGAGCGAGGAGCAGCGCAAGAAGCGAAACACCACCGUGGCAUCCAAUUUGGCGGCCAGCGGAGCAAUGGUGGACGACACCAAAGAUGAUUACAAACAACAAGCACACUGUGAUACUAGCUCUAGGAGCAAACAUAACUCGGUACCCCCCAAUCCCUCCAAUCCAUCCAAUCCCCCCAGCCACCACCAACAGAAUCACAACCACCAUCCCGUUGUGGAUGUGGAAGAGGAUGUCCAUGUGGCUGCCACCAGCGAUGUGGACAGUGGUGCCGUCAAGAUGCGCCGCCACAGCCACGACAACCACUACGACCGAAUCCCCCGGAGCAAUGCUACCACCAUCACCACCCGCCCUGAAAUCGAUCAUCAGACGCAGAACAUCGAGGAUGUGGAGCAAGGAGCCGAGCCCCGAAUCGAUGGCGAAGCGGAUGUGGAUCUGGAUGCGGAUGCUGAUGCGGACAGCGAUGGGAGUGGCGAGAAUGUUAAGACUGCCAAAUUGGCCAGAACACAGUCCUGCGUCAGUUGGACCAAAGUGGUGCAAAAGUUCAAGAAUAUACUAGGUCGCGAUGGUUCUAAAAUCACAACAGUUGUUGCAACACCCGGCCAAGGCACCGAUCGCGUACAAGAGGUCUCCUAUACAGACACAAAGGUCAUCGGCAAUGGCAGCUUCGGCGUCGUGUUCCAGGCAAAGCUGUGCGAUACCGGCGAACUGGUGGCAAUCAAAAAAGUUUUACAAGACAGACGAUUUAAGAAUCGCGAAUUGCAAAUUAUGCGCAAACUGGAGCAUUGUAAUAUUGUGAAGCUUUUGUACUUUUUCUAUUCGAGUGGUGAAAAGCGUGAUGAAGUAUUUUUGAAUUUAGUCCUCGAAUAUAUACCAGAAACUGUAUACAAAGUGGCUCGCCAAUAUGCCAAAACCAAGCAAACGAUACCAAUCAACUUUAUUCGGCUCUACAUGUAUCAACUGUUCAGAAGUUUGGCCUACAUCCACUCGCUGGGCAUUUGCCAUCGUGAUAUCAAGCCGCAGAACCUUCUGCUCGAUCCGGAGACUGCUGUGCUGAAGCUCUGUGACUUUGGCAGCGCCAAACAACUGCUGCACGGCGAACCGAAUGUGUCGUAUAUCUGCUCCCGGUAUUACCGCGCCCCCGAGCUCAUCUUUGGCGCCAUCAAUUAUACAACAAAGAUCGAUGUGUGGAGUGCCGGUUGCGUUUUGGCCGAACUACUGCUGGGCCAGCCCAUCUUCCCUGGGGACUCCGGUGUGGAUCAGCUUGUCGAGGUCAUCAAGGUCCUGGGCACACCGACAAGAGAACAGAUACGCGAAAUGAAUCCAAACUACACGGAAUUCAAGUUCCCCCAGAUUAAGAGUCAUCCAUGGCAGAAAGUUUUCCGUAUACGCACUCCUACAGAAGCUAUCAACUUGGUGUCCCUGCUGCUCGAGUACACGCCCAGUGCCCGGAUCACACCGCUCAAGGCCUGUGCACAUCCGUUCUUCGAUGAGCUGCGCAUGGAGGGCAAUCACACCUUGCCCAACGGUCGCGAGAUGCCGCCGCUGUUCAACUUCACAGAGCAUGAGCUCUCAAUACAGCCCAGCCUAGUGCCGCAGUUGUUGCCCAAGCAUCUGCAGAACGCAUCCGGACCUGGCGGCAAUCGAUCCUCGGCCGGCGGAGCAGCCUCCGCUGCGGCCAGCGGCUCCACCAGCGUCUCGUCAACGGGCAGUGGUGCAUCGGCGGAAGGAUCCGCCCAGUCACAGUCGCAGGGCACAGCAGCAGCCGCGGGAUCCGGUUCGGGUGGAGCAACAGCUGGAACCGGCGGAGCGAGUGCCGGUGGACCCGGAUCUGGCAACAAUAGCAGCAGCGGCGGAGCAUCCGGAGCGCCGUCCGCCGUGGCUUCCGGCGCCAAUGUCGCCGUCGCUGGCGGUGGUGGUGGCGGAGCAGGUGCGGCGUCCGCAGCUGCCACAGCAGCUGGCGCUAUAGGCGCGACUAACGCCGGCGGCGCCAAUGUAACAGGUUCGCAGUCGAACAGCGCCCUGAACAGCAGCGGCAGUGGCGGCAGCGGUAACGGAGAGGCAGCCGGCUCGGGCUCCGGAUCCGGAUCGGGAUCGGGAUCGGGAUUGGGAUCAGGCGGCGGGAAUGGCGGAGAUAACGACGCUGGCGACAGUGGAGCAGCCGCAUCUGGAGGAGGAGCACCAGAAACCGAGGCAGCGGCGUCGGGUUAGCGUGCGCAAGCUGCUCUUUAAAUGUAAUGUUAUUAGCAGGUUUUCCGCUCAGUGGCCAGUUAACCCAUUUCGGCCAAGAGCGGGAUGACCACACCACACAGACACACACAGACACGCAGCUACACUCGAAAAAUGAUAGGAGAUGUCGGAUGUCCCAGCAGAAGCUAUGCGUAAAUGAAUGGCAAAGGAAUUCACUUCACAGAACGCCCACAACAAAAACCCCCAUCCUCUCACACACACCAACCCAAACACACACACACACACACACCCAAACACACACAUGUAUGUAUGUAUAUCUAGCUAUAUGCAUUGGGCGCAAGCAAAUAUUUAGCAUAAAAUCGAAAGUAAACCGAAAAUCCACUUUAAACUAUGCAUAAAUAAUUAAAAAUAAUUAUCUGUACUAUUAAAAAAAAACAAAGAGAAAUCCCGAAUGUAAUGUUGAGAAAUAAUUGGAAUACCCCUCGCCCGCGUCCCAAUCUUCAGUAUAGUAAAUAACAUUUAACAAACAGCUCGCGGAACGUAAUAAACCUUAAGUAAAAAUAAUAAUAAUAACAAAAUGCAGAAGAAAAUUGAAAGAAUACUUAGUGAAAUAAAUCAAAAUUUUUGCCCAUUUAACGUUUAUAUAUAUGCGGUUAUACAAAUAUAUAACGAUCACAGCAGUUAGCAAUCCAUAGUAAAAGUAAACAAUUAAAGGAGGCGGCAAAGAAAGAAGAACUAGCAAAAGGGUGGAUACAACAUAAACUAAACUCGCGCAAGUGCAUCUAUAUAAAUACGAUAUAGAUAUUAUAUAAACAUAGAUAUAUAUACGAGAUAUUAACAAGAGUAGUAAUCCUAGUAGAAACCUCCAACCACUCACCCCCCAAACCCCUAAUCCUGGACCGGAAACUCCCCAAGUAAAAAAAAAAACAAAGAGGAAAAAAAACACUCCACGAAUAGCAACAUUUUCCGUGGCCUGUUCUUCAGUAACGUAUUGCAACUACGAUAAUCUAAGGAAGCGAUCGUCAAAAUGCAGUACACACUAAAAACACUAUACAUAAAUACAAGAAAUAUAACAAAUUGAGCAACAAGUAAGUGAAUGUAUGAAUGAGUAAAACGCUUUUAGCGCGCGACGCCACCCAUUAACUUAAAUAAACAAUGAAAAUAAUGAGGUAAUGAGAUAGUGGAGCCACAAUCUUGAUAUAUGAUAUAUGUAAAAGUAAUCGACAAAGGACAUUUAGCUGCAAUUGAAAAUUUAAACUAAUUUAAUACAAAUUGAAGUAAAAUACAAUGAAACCGAUGAUGUUUUUAGUAUGUAAGGGCCUUAGAUCAACCGGAAACUCCUGCGCAACUAUAGUAUUGGUUCGUAUCUAUCUAUAUACCAUAUACCUAUGACAACCACCCAGUUAAACUGCUUAGCUCUCGUUUCGGAAAUUAUGUCUGCGAUUAUGUCCCAGCACUUUACCUUACCCCAUUAAAAAACAACUAAGUAAACAAAGGAAAAAAAGACAAAAAAAAAAACAAAAAAACUAAGAGGCAAAAGAAAAACCAAGUCUAUUUGUAUGUAUUUCCAUAGAACUCCUUAUAUAUUGUACGAGAACAUAUUUUUUUUUACUAACUAAAUGAUACAUUUAUACAAUUAAUGAACGUUGAGUUUUGUGGCAUCAAAACUAAUUAAAUUUAACUAUAUACAUAUAUGUACACACACAUACACAAGAACACAUUCGAGCAUUCAGACAUACUCACACGCACAUACGUCUUUAAUUUCAAAUAAAUUAGAAAGAAAAAACCGAAGAUUUUCAAACUAAACCCCAAACAUUUUAGAAAUAAUCUAAGUAAACAGCAGACAAGUUAUAUAAAUCUUUAAACACACCCACACCCACACACACACUUUUUAUUUGUAAUUAAAUUAAUUAAAAUUGUCAACAGACGGAAAAUGACAGCCCAAAUAAAUAUAUAUUCAAACAUAUAUAUGCAUAGAAAAACAAACUUAUAUAUGAUGAACAACUUCAGCGUUUCGCUUUAAUUAUGAGGCAACAACCUCAUGAGAAAUCCAAACCAAAUAAACUUAAUUAACAAAUAAACCCAAAACUAAACUAAACAAU